CAACAGCCCGGCUUCCUAAAUUUGAGAAAGUCCUGAAUGCUUGGUUUCAGCACAUUUGUGGGACAAGUAAAAAGGACGUCGAAAAUGCCAAACAACGGGUCUAUCAUGUCCGUACCUGGGCAUAUUUCAUGUCUCACAAUCAAGUCCCUGCAAUGACGUUUGCAUUUAUGGACAACAGAGAAAGACUGACUGAAUGGACAACUUAUCUGAAUAAAUAUGCUGUAACAACCAAAAGGAUUUGGAUUGGAAAUGUGAGGGCGUUCUUGCAAUUUCUGAUUGAUGCACAACUGCCAGAGGUCAGAGCCUCCCGUAAGGCUUUAAAGGGAACUUUAUUUGCACUUCAGUCAGAAAUGAAGAAGAGCAGAAGGGAGUUACAAACCCACAGGCAAGACAUCCGGAUCAAAAAAUCACAAAUGCUUGUAGAUCCUGUCCACAUCACUGAUUUUCUCAAGAAAGCCACCACACACAUCCCUGAAGCACUUGUCGAGCUUGAGAAAAAUCCCACAACUGAGAACCUAGACUGGUUCUAUGGUCUUCUGGCUGGAUUUGUCAUCUGUACAACUGGGCACAGAAGAGGCGUCAUAUCAAAUAUGACAGUUGAGGAAGUUGGCACUGCUGAAGCGGAUGGUGAUGGCCGGCGGAUAAUCAGAGUAAAAGAGCACAAGACCAAAGAAACAUUUGGCCAUGCACUUGUUCCCCUAACGAAAGACGAAUACAUAUGGUUUCACCGCUUUGUGUACCACCGCCACAGAUACCUUGGUGGAUCAUCACAAUUGAUUUUUGCCAACACCCAUGGAGGACCUUAUUGUAAGACGUUGACUUCAUUUCAAGAUGCAUGGAGGAAGUUUGGUAUCCCAGGAAAACCAACCUUCUCUAUGAUUAGGAGCAGCAUCAGCACUUUUAGUGGGCGAUCCUUGGGAACCCAAAGCAAGGUACAAGUCCACCGGAUGAUGUGUCAUUCUGACGCAACCGCGGCGAGAUUUUAUGAGGCAGAUUUAAACUUUGACGAAGCCUUCAAGUGCCGCAACAAUGCUGCAAAGGCACUUGCUGUGAACAAUAGAACCAGAGACUCUGAGGAAUCUGCAACCUCAGAAGACAAUGAAGAUGUGUUGCAGAGAAGAUAUUCUGGACCAAAGAAAAGAAAGUCUAGUCAAAAUGCCACAAGACGAGAAAUUGUGAAAAAGAAGACCAAACAGCAUGCAAACACCAUUGACACAGACAGCAGCAAAGAUGAACGUAACAAUGAAGUCAGGAAAAUCAUUGACCUGACAGCAGGAAACACAUCUGGAAAACACCCACAUAAACAGAGUGGCAGGGGAAGAGGAGAAGUGAGGGUAGAAGAAGACACAACAGGUGAUGAAGAUAUGCCAGGGAUGGUGACUACAGAGAGUAGUGAAGGUGAAGAUUAUGAUGAUAACUGUGAACACACUGACCUUACAGCAGCAGGUACAUUGGGAUCCACCAAAGGUAAAGAUAAUGCUAAAGAAAAAGGAAAAGCCACAAAGGACACAGGACACUUGUAUAGUCAUACUCAAUUUCUUAAAAAGAAGAAUAAAUCUGUGGCGCUACCGGAGGGGCCCGCUCUGCCUGAGGGGGUCAGCGUGCAGGAAUGGCCUGCAAAGUCAGAGCUGGAGGUCAGCGCGCCCCAGUGA